UUCCGCCACACCUCAUCAGAGACACCGCGGCCGCCAUCAUUUCACCGCCCAGUGGAUAGGGGCGCUGUUAUUCGAGCCGCGUGGGGUGUCCCGCCGUAUUCGGGCGCCAGGGCCUCGGCGUGACGGGAUGAGAAGGCCUUCAGCAUGGCAGCUCAAGACCCCUCACCCCCUACGUCUCUGGAAAGUGUCCAGCCGGGAUUCCCGAGACAGGUCCUCGCCAACAAGCUGGAGGUCAAGCACCUGUGCAACGCCUGCCUGCUGCUGCUGAGACGGCCGUACCAGGCCCAGUGUGGGCACCGCUACUGCUCCUACUGCUUCAAGAGACUGGUCAGCUGCGGCCCCCAGAAGUGCAAUGCAUGCAUCAAGGAGGACAUGUUUGAAGAGCCCACCUCUAUUCUCACGGAAGGCUGCGCCUUCCCUGACAACGCGGCCCGGAGAGAAGUGGAGGGCCUCGCUGCUGUCUGUCCCAACGAGGGUUGCAGCUGGAGAGGAACCAUUAAAGAGUAUGAGGCGCAGCAUGAAGGCAAAUGCGAGUUUGCGCUCACCCAGUGCCCAGCAUGUGGACAGACCAUCCGGAUGAACGACACGGAGCGCCAUAACGAGCGCGAGUGCCCUGAGAGGACCCUCAACUGUAAAUACUGCAAAGAGGUGUUCCACUUCAAGAGCAUUAAGGCCCAUGAUGAGAUCUGCCCCAAGUUCCCCAUGGUUUGUGAAGGCUGUGCCAAGAAGAAGAUCCCCAGAGAGAAGUACGCGGAGCACAUCAAGUUCUGCAGUAAAUUCCGGGCCCCCUGCCGCUUCCAUGUUGUCGGAUGCGUCACCUCGGUCGAAAACGAGAAGAUCCCUGAACAUGAGCAGGCGUGUGCCUACGAACACCUCAACAUGCUCCUCCAUUACAUCAUGGGCAUCAAGGUCAACUUGGAAGGCCUGCAGCCUCAGAGCCUGGAGAAUGCCAGCCUAAAAAUCCAUAAACUCAAUGAGUCCAUGAAAGAGCUGGAGCAGAAGCUGGGGCAGCUGGCGCUGUCUCCCGUGCAGGGAGCUGCUCAGCUUGUGCCCCUGAUGCCCGCUGCCGGCGUGGAGCUACAGCUGCUCAGUGAGAAGUCCCGGGUGGGAGAGCUUGGCCGCAAGGUCCAGGAGCUCGAGCUCAAGAUCAGCACCUUUGAGAACAUCGUGUGUGUCCUCAACCGUGAAGUGGAACGGUCGUGCAGCACUCUGGACGCCUAUGGCAGGCAGCACCGGCUGGACCAGGAGAAGAUUGAGGUCUUAAGCACCAAGGUCCGGCAGUUGGAGCGCAGCGUGAGUCUCAAGGACUUGGCCGUCGCCGAGAGCGAAGGGCGCCUGCGGGAGUUGGCGUCCGCCACCUACGACGGGGUCUUCAUCUGGAAGAUUUCGGACUUCAGCAAGAAGCGUCAAGACGCCGUCGCCGGCCGCGCGCCAGCCAUGUUCUCUCCAGCUUUCUACACCAGUAAGUACGGCUACAAGAUGUGCCUGCGCAUCUACCUGAACGGCGACGGGACGGGCCGCGGGACGCACCUCUCGCUGUUCUUCGUCGUGAUGAGAGGCCCCUGUGACGCUCUGCUCAAGUGGCCCUUCAACCAGAAGGUGACCCUCAUGCUGCUGGACCAGAACAACCGGGAGCACAUCAUCGAUGCCUUCCGUCCAGAUGUCACCUCGUCGUCAUUCCAGAGGCCCAGCAGUGAGAUGAACAUCGCCAGCGGCUGCCCCCUCUUCUGCCCGCUCUCCAAACUCGACUCCAAGAACUCCUACAUUCGUGAUGACACCAUCUUCAUCAAAGCCAUCGUGGAUCUGACCGGCCUCUAGUCGGCCAUAUUAGGUGGUGGGCGGGACAGGGGAGGGGCCACCGACUGAGUGACGGGGACAAAACGUCUGGCUGGCCUGCCAUGCGCAAUGAGUCCAGGCCGCCGCCAGCAGGUGGCGCAUCCUGCCACGUGCAUGCCAAAGCUUUGUGUGUGUCAUUCGGUGUAAUGGUGGACAUUGCCUAAGGUGUCAGUGGAAGCGGGCAUGGGGGGGGCGCGUGCGUGCGUGUGUGCAUGUGUGUGUGCGUGUGGUUCAAUCUGUGGAAGAUGCACUGAACAGCGGGGGGCACCACCUGCCAGUGUGUGUGUGUGUGUGAGGACUGGGGGGGGGUCACUCUAGCAGCGGGCACUGGUACCCACCCUCCGGGGUCCUCGCCCGGCCCCCCCGGUUCUAAGUGAUAUAAACGGAUACCCGUCUAGGUGAUUCAUAGCCGUCUUUAAGUUCCAAUGCGUGGAGAUAUUGAGCAGAUAUUUGAUAUUAUUUGUAAUAACGACGAUUAUAAUAGUGAUGCCGUCUUGUGCCAGGCCCCUGCGCCAUCGGGGGGCUUUGGACUUCAGGCCGUCAUGAGUGUGCGUGUGAGUGUGGUGGUCCCCCCCCCCCCCCCCGCGUGGCCCGCAGCUGCAUGUGUAUUGGUGUCAUGUGACUCUCCUGUGCCGUGUGACGCUUGUUCUUUAAUAAACGUGUCCUCUUGUCA